GAUUUUUUUUUUUUUUUUCCUUCUAUGAAUAUCACCGCAGAUCUUAGCAUUUGAACAUGGUUUGGUUUGAGAUUUAGCUUCAUUCUGUGCAGAAAUAAGAAUGGCGAGAGAGAAAAUUCAGAUUAAAAAGAUCGAUAACCCGACGGCGAGGCAGGUUACUUUCUCGAAAAGGAGAGGGCUACCUCAGGCUUCGGAAACUCCUGCGACAACCCUUCUUGCCGGACGAAUCUCCAAAUAAACAGUCCCAUCCUAACGAUCCUGCAAUCAGGUUCAGGAGAGAAAUAGCAUGCUAUUGCCAAAGUUGAAGUAGAAACUGAAGUGACAUUACUAUGGCCCAACUCCUACUUGCAUGUAUGCCAAAGUUUAACCUGAGAUCCCUGUAUGGAUGUGGCACAUUGCUAUCUAGAUGGCAAUGCUGAUGCAGUUGAGUUUUGCCCACAUCACUCCUUCAACCAUCUUCUAGCUGCUUCAACAUACACAUUGCAAGAGGGUGUUCAGCCCAGUCGGUCAGGAAGCAUAUCCCUUUUCUCUGUCGAUGCCAAUGUUGGCAGUCUUGACAUGCUUCAUCGUGUAGAAACUGCUGGCAUCUUUGACAUAAAAUGGAGCCCCAUCAAAAUUGGUGCAGGUCCCCUGUUAGCGCAAGCUGAUGCUGAUGGUUACCUGAGACUUCAUGGUUUGGAACACAGUUUGGAUGGACCAGAAGCUAGAGGGCAUGUUCUGAAAGAAGUUGGUGGAGAAAAUGUUAGUUCUUCAAUGUGCCUGUGCCUAGACUGGAAUGCAUCAGCCUCAUCUAUCUCCCUUGGGAUUUCGGAUGGUUCCAUCUCAGUGGUCACCCUUGGAGAGGCCCAACUACAGAAACAACAAGCUUGGCAGGCGCAUGAAUUUGAGGUCUGGGCUACAUCUUUCGAUAUCUACCAACCACAAUUGCUGUACUCUGGCUCAGAUGACUGUAAAUUCUGUUGUUGGGAUCUGCGGGAGAACCCUUCAAAGUUGGUAUUUCAAAAUAGCAGCAUUCAUAAGAUGGGUGUUUGUUGCAUUGCAAACAGUUCCAGGGAUUGUAAUACACUGCUCACCGGGAGCUAUGAUGAGUACCUUAGGGUAUGGGAUUUAAGAUCAAUAUCCAAGCCUCUAAAUGAGAAUGCAAUUUGUUUAGGAGGAGGAGUUUGGAGAAUAAAGCAACACCCUUCAGUUUCAGACUUGAUAUUGGCUGCAUGUAUGCACAAUGGAUUUGCAAUUGUGAAAGUAAGAGGGGAAUCCGCCGAAUUGGUGGAGACCUAUGUCAAGCAUGAUUCUCUGGCAUACGGAGCAGAUUGGCAAUGCGGAGGAUCAUGUGAUGGAAGUGGAAGAAGAAUAUGGUCCUCCACGGUGGCUACUUGCUCAUUUUAUGAUCGCCUUCUUCGAAUUUGGCUGCCCGAAACUCAGAUGGCUACAUGACUUAAAAUGCACGCUGUUCCUUAAUUUAUCUUUGGUAGGGUGUGCCUGGUCAUUUUCUGGAACUUUACCCAUUUCUCAUUAGGUAUGUUUUGUUAGGAGCUCAGUCAUUUUUACUUAUAUUGUAAUUGAACUCAGCGAAAGAAUAUUGACCUGUGCCAUGUUAGGCAAUUGAUUAUACAACCAAUAUAGUCUAAUUGGGAUGAGCUUAA